GCUCUACUGAGAUAUUUGAAAAUCAUGGCGAAUAACAAAUCAAGUAAACCCGAGCGGACCACAAUCGGUGGUUCUCUUAAUAUUCCCCGCAUGAUAUCGGGAUUAUGGCAGCUAGCCGGAGGACAUGACCAAAAUGUCGAUGUAGAAGCAGCGGCCAAGGCUAUGGAACCAUUAAUUGAAGCAGGACUAGAUUGUUUCGACAUGGCCGAUCAUUAUGGUGACGCAGGUGAGUCUUGCUUGUCUCCAGAAUUCUUAAUUCUUAGGUUACUGACCCGGGUAGAACUUGUCAUGGGUCAGCAUAAUUCAUCAUCGACGAAGGAAAUGAUAGCUUUCACAAAAUGGUGUCCACCAGAAAACGGAGUUACCAGUUUCGAGAAUGCCGAAAAGGCUGUGGAUCUUGCAUUGAAGAGGAUGAAGCAAGAAAAAAUUGAAUUGAUGCAAUAUCAUGCGUGGGACUAUACGGAUGAUAGUUAUAUUCGAAAUCUUGAGCACUUGCGAACUUUACAAAAACAAGGAAAAAUUGGAAUGAUUGGAAUGACAAACACAGAUGCCGCACAUCUCGAACUUUUGAUCAAUACGGGAUUCAAAAUCGCAACCAACCAAGUUUCCUGUUCCGUUAUUGAUCGUCGUCAUGUUCGCGGUCGACUUGCAUCAGUAUGUACUGAACAUGAUGUUGGUAUCCUAGCAUAUGGAACACUUCUCGGGGGUUACCUUAGUGAAAAGUGGCUUGGGGUUGAUGAACCAAAGGAUGAGACGGAAUUGAAUUGGAGUCUGAGAAAAUACCUUCGAUUUAUCAAGGCGGCUGGAGGAUGGUCAUCAUAUCAAGUUGUGCUUCAAGCACUUUCAACAGUUGCAAAGAAGCACGGUGUUGGUAUUUCUGCGGUUGCAACGAGACAUGUUUUAGACCUUCCUGCUGUAAGCGCUGUGAUUGUGGGAUCUAGACUAUCAAGUACUUCGGAUAAGUAUACAGCCAGCAACCUUGAGGCUUUCAGUUUCGCAUUAGAUGCAGAAGACAUGGCUUUGAUAGCAAAAGCACAGGAGGGCCUUUCAGAUAUACCAGGAGAUUGUGGUGAUGAAUAUCGACGGCCGCCAUUUCUCACGGCAAAAGGUGAUCUUAGCGAUCACCUUGGAGAGCAAGAUCAGGAUGUUAAGAUCGCCAAAGCUAUCGCUAGUGGAGCUCGCAUCGAAUACUCUUCAGGCAGCUACUGGGAGCCCAUUGCAGUAUGUUUUUACCCCGUGUGUAUUAAAAACAUCGCUAACAUUCUCUAACAGAGCUAUUGUCGAGCCGUCAGAACAGGCAACACUAUUCGCGUAUCAGGGACUACAGCCAAUUCUCCAGUCUCAAGUAUUCCAGCGAUAGGUGGGAAAAGUGCGCGCAGCCAGACCGUGGCAAUCCUAGAUAUCGUUGCGCGUGCCAUAAAAGCGUUGGGGGGAGACUUGUCUGAUGUGGUGCAAACCAGAAUAUUCUUACAAAAUGAGGAGGACGUCGAAGUGGUUAGUCUUGCACAUGGUUGGGCGUUUAAGUGCGUGGGAAUCAGACCGUCAAAUACAUUGGUGGUAUCAGGGGUAAUAGGGGACGAAUUUCUCGCAGAGAUUGAAGUGGAAGCUGAAUUGGGUUACCGUGAAGUGGUAAGGAUAUAGGAGUAAUGCCAAAAAGUGGAAUCCGAUGUGCAUUCUCGUACGAAACAACUGUGUGUGUGCAAAGAGAGCAAUGCUUGAAACUGGACAUCAAGUAAUAAUACCUAAGUAUGGUAUGGGA